AAGCCGUCUCCCCUCCCUCCGCGCGCCUCGAUUCCCGAUCGAAGUCCCGACCAGUGGUCGCCGGGUUGGGCAACUAGGGGGUGCCCAUUACACCGUCGGAGUCAGCCAGCGAGCCAGUGAGCAAUCAUCGAGCGUGCUGUGACGACGACUGCGGCGACACGGCGGCGCAAGCCAGCAUGCCAGCCAUCUGAGUGGGGAAUCCAGCAGCACCGUUAUCGGGGGACGCCCUUUGGAGAACUGGUUCUUCGAGCGAGGGUGUCGCGACACUGCGCGACGUCUCGAUGAGCCAACCGUGAUGGCGGCCACCGAAAACGACGACAAGUGUCGCGCGCACGAGCUGUGGGUGAGAGUGACGACUGGCGACGAGGCGGAGGCAGGUAGCUGCAGCCAGAGCACGCGCGACUCCUGGUGGCGCCUGAUACGGCAGCGGUACGGAGACUCUUCGCGGCACCACCACGACCUCGACCACCUGAACCAGAUGGCCGAGCUGAUGGCAGAGUACGCCGAUCACCUGAGCAACCCAAGGGCCGUCGCACUGGCGCUCUUCUUCCAGUACCUCGAGUACGACCCCAAGUCCCAGGAUAACGAGGAGCGGUGCAUCGACGCCUUCCGGCGGUUCGCCGAGGAGGCCCGAAUACCCACGGACUCCGAGCUGUACCUGUCGGUGACGGAGUUGAUCCAGCUGACAAAGCUUCACAGCACGGAGGAACACAAGCAAGAAGGCAUGUACGGUCGAGAGGACAAGCACUUCUUCCUCGACUUUGACAUGUGCGUACUGGGGAGCAGCCCCACCGAAUACAAAGACUACACGGAAAAGGUGCGGCUGGAGUACAGUUUUGUUCCCGACGCCGUCUACAAGAGCCUUCGGUCAAAGGUUUUGCGGUCCUUCCUGCAGAUCCCCAACAUCUUCUCGACGGAGCCCUUCCGGAAGAAAUACGAGGAGCGUGCGAAGAGCAACAUUAGGGACGAAAUAGCCCAGCUGGACACGUGAUGGGCUGAGCCAAGCAAGACGAAGAAAAGAAAGAAUGGACAUUUUGUAGCCGCGCUUCGCAUUUAUUCUUUCUUUUACUUUUUUUUUGUUGUUGCAUUGCGCGAGGAACAGAUGUUUCAGUGAUACCGCAGAAAAUUAUGCACAGUGUUAAGUUUUAUCGCUGCUGUCGAUGGGGGUAUUAAAAACAGCGUUAGAUUGCUCGAAAAAAUAAUGAUACGAACUUGGAUUUACGCAAGGUGAAAUAGGGAUGUCGCCCACCAAAAAGGGUCGCUCUCGCGGAUGAGAAUGCACUCAUUUCAGAUUUUAUGGUGUCGUCAGCGGUGACGCAGACGUCAUUUGGACUCUAGAAAGGCAGAAUAUACGCGGAUGUUGUUGUUCAUUAACUGCAAAAGUAGGGAGAGUUUGGCUGCUAGAAAGUCCGCUAUCCUGAAAUCGUAUUUAACCGAAAUAAAUAUGUUCGCGCCAGUUUUAAGCAGGUAGUUAUGCUGUCCUUUCGGACAUUAUGUGUGCCUGCUAUAAACCUCAACAUAAUACGGUCCAUCUCGGCCAUUUCUUUUUUUUUUUCUGUUACGACACCGGACCGCCCUUCUAGCCCUGCGUAUAUUGAGCGAGGAUUACAUGCAAGCCUCUUGCAAGUCGCUGCACGCUACUUUUCCCUUUCGUUUUCCUUCUUAAGACUUCUUUUGUGGCUUCCUCUAUAUUUUCUUUUUCCCGUUGUUUUCUUUAGCCUAUUUUGUGGCUACACAGAGGCCAUGUUCUCGCUAAUUCGCAGCAGUAACCAAUAACGACUGAGUAAGUGAGCCUAAAAAAACAAUUUCAAGGUAGGGGCGGGGUGAAGGAAGGAGGAAGAGCGAGCUUCGUCGUUUCAAUGCCGCCACUUCUGAGGCUAUAGGGAGUAUUCAAGCGAAGUCUAGGCACGCCAUUUUCAAGUCCUACUCACAGCUUACGUUGUGAUGUUGGAGAUAAGCGGAUCUAGACGAUGCUCACCUUUUCUAUUUUUUUUUUUUUUUUUGCCUGGCUGGCUUUACAACAAUAUUGCGACACCGAUGACGUCAAUGCAUACCUCCUGUAUUCUCUGUUUACGUCGUUACCUCAUGCCAGUCUGCGCUAAACGGUUCAACAUAAUACACAGGCGUUCCAUCGCACUUGUGAGCGACCUGUAAAAGCUGCCACUGACACCAGUACGCGUGCAUGUACAGUGUUCUGAUGCUCGGAAUGCCUUGCAAACAACACGUUCCAAACUAAAACAUAUUUGCAAAUGUUUGCAAACAACAGGCUCCAGACUAAAACACAAAGAUCAAUUGGCUACAUUAUACGCACGCGGAAGCGAGCACGCGAAAGUCUGGUAACUGCGAUAGUUCCAUGCACAUGACAGGGCCAGAUCGAGGCAAAAAAACACCUGGCUCUUGUUGAACGGCCACUAAGGAUACUGCACUAGUUACUGCCUAUGUAACAAUAAGGAAGAACGGGAAAGAAGUCGGAAGGGAGUUUCCAGUUCGUUUACAAUACUAAGCAGCUGUUGUACUUGAGCGACAUGUGUUCUUUGUGUGACAGGUAAGCGAGUGUGCUUAUCUGUUUGCUUGGUAGUACUUGGUGCUCGUGGAUUUGUGUGCUUACAGUAGAAAGCAAGUUUGUACAGAUGAUACUCACGAAAUGUGUCUGUCAGCGCAAAAGGGUAUAAUUUUGCUGGACACGCGCGUCGCAGUUGAUGGGGAAAGUGAUUAUCGCUUUGUGAACGCAAUUACGGAUACACAGCCAUGCAUCUCCCGCUCUUGGGAAAUAUUGUUGUUACUGCUCACUAAUAUACAACAGUUAUAUGCGAGUAUGUAGUUCGAGCGGUGCCUGACAUAACUUUGGACGCGGGGAGAAGAAAAUGUAAAGAUACAUUUUGGCCAAGCUAAGUUUAUGAGGAAUGUUUAGCUCGGAAGCUCCUAUCUAAAUACAUGGAAACGGAGAAAUCGUUUUUUUUUUUUUUUUUUCA